CCUCAGACUGGCACGCCGCGGGGCCUCUUUCUGUGGUUGCUCAUUGGCCGUCCGGGAAGACAGCGCCCCCUUUGCCGCGCCCCCGAAGCCUCGGGGAAUGCGGGCCGGGGCGGGGCCUGAGCCGCAGGGGCGGGGCGACGCGGCCCGGCGCGGGUAAAGGGGCUGCCUGGGAGCCGCGCGAGCCUUCAGCAGAAGCGCGCUGCUUCACCCUCGGCUCUCCCUACUCCGCCCUCCGCGCCCUCCACGGUCACCCGGGAGACCGGUCGUGUUAAGCACUCCGACCUGAAGCUGAGUGAUUUCCAUGGCAGCCGCGAAGAAAGCAGUUUUGGGGCCAUUGGUGGGAGCAGUGGACCAGGGUACCAGCUCAACACGUUUCUUGGUUUUCAAUUCAAAAACAGCUGAACUUCUUAGUCAUCAUCAAGUAGAAAUAAAACAGGAAUUCCCAAGAGAAGGAUGGGUAGAACAAGACCCGAAGGAAAUCCUGCAGUCUGUUUAUGAGUGUAUAGAGAAAACAUGUGAAAAACUUGGACAGCUCAAUAUUGAUAUUUCCAACAUCAAAGCCAUUGGUGUCAGCAACCAGAGGGAAACCACAGUAGUCUGGGACAAGCUGACUGGAGAGCCUCUCUACAAUGCCUUGGUGUGGCUUGACCUAAGAACCCAGUCUACCGUUGAGAACCUUAGUAAAAGAAUUCCAGGAAAUAAUAACUUUGUCAAGUCCAAGACAGGCCUUCCACUCAGCACUUACUUCAGUGCGGUGAAACUUCGUUGGCUCCUGGACAACGUGGGAACGGUUCAAAAGGCUGUGGAAGAAAAUAGAGCUCUUUUUGGGACCAUUGAUUCAUGGCUCAUUUGGAGUUUGACAGGGGGACUCAAUGGGGGUGUCCACUGUACAGAUGUAACAAAUGCGAGUAGGACGAUGCUUUUCAACAUCCAUUCUUUGGAAUGGGAUAAGGAACUCUGCGAAUUUUUUGGAAUUCCAAUGGAAAUUCUUCCCAAUGUCCGGAGUUCUUCUGAGAUCUAUGGCCUAAUGAAAAUCUCUCAUAGUCUGAAAGCUGGGGCCUUGGAAGGUGUGCCAAUAUCUGGGUGUUUGGGGGACCAGUCUGCUGCUUUGGUGGGACAAAUGUGCUUCCAGGAUGGACAGGCCAAAAACACGUAUGGAACAGGGUGCUUCUUACUAUGUAACACAGGCCGUAAGUGUGUAUUUUCUGAACAUGGCCUUUUGACCACCGUGGCUUAUAAGCUUGGCAGAGACAAACCUGUGUAUUAUGCAUUGGAAGGUUCUGUGGCUAUAGCUGGUGCUGUAAUCCGCUGGCUAAGAGACAACCUAGGAAUUAUUAAGUCCUCAGAGGAAAUUGAAAAACUUGCUAAAGAAGUAGGUACUUCUUAUGGCUGCUACUUUGUUCCAGCAUUUUCAGGAUUAUAUGCACCUUAUUGGGAGCCCAGUGCAAGAGGGAUCAUCUGUGGACUCACUCAGUUCACCAACAAAUGUCAUAUUGCUUUUGCUGCAUUAGAAGCUGUGUGUUUCCAAACCCGAGAGAUUUUGGAUGCCAUGAACCGCGACUGUGGAAUUCCACUCAGUCAUUUGCAGGUAGAUGGAGGAAUGACCAGCAAUAAGAUUCUUAUGCAGCUACAAGCAGACAUUCUGUAUAUUCCAGUAGUGAAGCCAUCCAUGCCUGAAACAACUGCUCUAGGAGCUGCCAUGGCGGCUGGAGCUGCAGAGGGUGUUGGUGUUUGGAGUCUUGAACCUGAGGAUUUGUCAGCUGUCACAAUGGAGCGGUUUGAACCUCAGAUCAAUGCUGAAGAAAGUGAAAUCCGUUAUUCCACAUGGAAGAAAGCUGUGAUGAAGUCAAUUGGUUGGGUCACAACUCAGUCUCCAGAAAGUGGUGACCCUAGUAUCUUCUGUAGUCUGCCUUUGGGCUUUUUUAUAGUGAGUAGCAUGGUAAUGUUAAUCGGAGCAAGGUACAUCUCAGGUAUCCCAUAACUAAUACCACCUCAUGGAUUCCCAAGAUGCAAGCUUUUUAUGUAAUAAGAAAAUCUGACAAUUCUGUCUCAUAAUGUAAUGAUGCUAUUCAUAGACUCUGAUUUUUUCAUAAACCACCUACUGCAUGAUCCUCCAAGUAGAUCUAUGGCCUGAAAUAAAGAAAAUGCACCAGAAAGAAUGCUCCAGAAACAUUUAGUGUUGUUGUUUCCCAUUGGCAGACAGUUAAGGUUGGGCCAGUUUCCUUUGGGGCUGACCCCUCCAUUGUUGUAAUCCUUUGCCCUCUAAGGUCUAGGAUGGGUUUAUAUCCUGUUCACUGGACUGUGUCAUCCAGUAUAUUCAGAUGCUCGUGAACCUGCAUUUGGUUCUCUUCACUACACGUGUGAGGAAGGGGUUUGCUAUUAACUUCUUCAAAAUGAGUGGCUUUUUGCUUGUUUGCUUUUAACAGAUCAAAUGUCUUCUUUUCUAUAUAUUAGAAGACCACAACAUCACUGAAUAUUUCAAUGGAAACUUCAAUGGAAACGUCUAAGGAAUUAUUAGAUAAUGAUUUGCUGUUCUGAUAACUUGGACAUUUUCUGAACAGUGUUUGCCAAAAUUGAAAAAAUUUUAGGUGUUUUACACUGUCUCACUAAUUAUGAUGGCUUUCUGUCUAGAUCUUACAAGAUAGAACACUUUCUUUUUCUGUUUUUUAUUUCUCCUUUUUAUAUUUUUUAUUCUGUAUGUAUAACAUACAUGCCUAUAUAUUUUAUAUACUGAGGGUAGCCCAUUUAUAAAUGAAGAGCACAUUAUAUUCAGUAAGUUAUAACAGGGCUGGUCUUAAAUGGACUACUAUGUAUAUAAAUUUGGGGGGAGAACAAGCUGUAUACAUUUUUGGGCAACGGUUAUGCAUAUUGUUUACCAGGAGAAAAUUUUUCUUAUAAAAUCCAACAUUUGAAAUUUAAGUAUAUAUUCAAUGUCAAUAAAAUAAAUGUACUAUAUUGUGAUUUUCACUAUAUUUCUUAUACUCUACCAUUUAAUGAUCUCAGCUGGAAGGAGAAAAAACUGUGGCAUAUAGCAGUCAAUACUGUUCUCAAAUAUCAGUACUGGUCCAAAUACAAUUGUUCCUUUGGGUCGAUGCUUUCCAUAUUUGAGAUGCUAUUGAGGAAUUGUCAUUAAUUAAAAAGCUAAGUAGAAAAAAUGUGUGAAUAAAGCCCAUAUUCUCUUUCAAAUGUUAUUACCUGUUAAUAAGAUGUUCUUGUUUUCUGGUAUGAUAAAAAAUCAUUUCUAUUUAAUGCCAUAACUGGUAAAAAAUUAUCAUUGCAAAUGCCUCACAGUGAAACCAAUAACUUUGCAAAUAUUUUGAAUUAUUUGUUAUAACUCACUAAUUUAGCUUCCUAACAUCACUUUUUAAAACAUAUUUGGUUUAUAGUAAAGAAAUAAUGUAGUAUGAAAAGAAAGCUUUCUAAUUAUUUCGUUUUAUCAGUUCAGAAUGGAAAAUAUUGAUAUAUUAAUAGAAAAGUUUUAUGUGAUAUCAUGGAGAUUCUAUUUACUGCUCUGAUUGUGCUGUUCCUAACUAUUGAAUCUUCUCGGUUUUACUGAUAUGGCUGCCACUUCAGUGGCAUAAAUAUAGGAAGGAACUGUGAAAUUAUUCUGGCAGUGACACUUUUAAACUUAGCUAUAUUUCUACAAAGCCAGGUUGCGCUAAUUGUAAAUAAUUGUGCAAAUCUCUGUUCAAGAAUUUUAAGAUGACAUUAAUUUUUUUACAAAAUACAAGAUUUAUAAAUGUUUGAAAUUGUACCCAUUGAUAACUAAUGGUAAAUUUACUUAAAAUAAAUUGACCCCUUAUUUCUUA